AUGACAGAAUGGACUUUGAAGAAUACAAUUAAUUUGGGAUAUGUAAUCAACGCAUUGCUCAGUGAUUAUGAUAAUCAUUUAUUACCAUCUAAUGAAGGUGUUAAUGUUACAAUUGAAAUGCAUGUGCAGGGUGUUACAACAGUUUCGGAAUUAACCGGCGAUUUUGAAUUAGAUUUUAUGUAUAGCGAAAUAUGGGAAGAUCCGCGGUUAAAUUUUAAGCAAUUAAACGUUUGCACAACAAAUAUUACCUUGAAAGGUGAGUUUCGGAAAAGGAUUUGGACACCUGAAACAUGUAUCAUCAAUAGCAGACAUUCAUCGAUACAUAGUUCACCAGCCGAGAAUACUUUCAUUCUUAUAUAUGAAAAUGGAUUGGUAUGGAGUAAUUUCAGGCUUAAAGUUAGAGCGCCAUGCAAAAUGGAUUUAAAAAUGUUUCCGUUUGAUAAAAUACAUUGUAAGCUUACAUUUGAAAGUUAUUCAUAUAAUACGGAUAAUGUACGGCUAUUUUGGCACGAAAAACCAUUAACAAUGAUGGAAGUAGUUGAAUUACCGGAUUUCGAAUUAACUGGUUGGAGAACAAAUCGUGAAACAUUGCAAUAUCCGAAUGGCGAAUGGGCUAGAGCAACGGUUGAAUUUACAUUUGCCCGACGAUAUGGUUUCUAUCUCUUUCAUUCCUACUUUCCAACAUUACUGACAGUUAUUAGUUCUUGGGUUGGAUUCUUCUUUGAUGCACGAGCUGCUUCUGCAAGGAUAACAUUGGGUGUAUCAUCAUUAUUAGCAGUAACUUUUCAAUUUGGUAGUGUUUUACGUCAUCUACCACGUGCUAGUUAUAUUAAAUGUUCGGAUGUAUGGAUGAUCAGUUCGGUUAUUUUCAUUUUCUGUACACUUGUUGAAUUAGCUGUUAUUUCUCGGCUUAAUCAGUAA